GAUUGUUCGAUAUGAAAAAUGGGACAAUCAUCAAGUAUCCUGAGAAAAUUAGCAACAAAAAUGACAAAGAUGAUGAAACAUUUUUAUCAAUUUUUUUAUCACUAUUUGAAAAAGAUAACAACAAUGAUGAAUCACAUUUUUUAUCACUUUUUGAAAAAGAAAAAGACAACAAAAAAAGCAACAAAAAAGACGAAGAAAAAGUUGAAAAAUAUACAAAGGUUAUUUUCCAGAACAAUGGCGAGCCAAAAAACCCUAAAUUAAUGAUGUUGAGAAGAAGCAACAAAGAUGAAAAAAAAUAUAAAAUAUAUUCCAUGGAAUAUGACAGCGAGGCCAGUGAUAACCGUUUAAAACUUCUUGAAGAGCAUAAUGUUUAUAGUGAUGAAACCCCAAGAAUUUAUUUUGAUGUCAAUUAUUUUCUUAUUGCUGCUAGUCAUUCGUUGAUAUCGGAAUGGAAUCAUAGAAGUCAUAAAGGUUACAAUUACAAACAAAAUUAUUACUUAAAAUCUAAUGAUUAUAUGGUUCUUAAUAAAAAAAAUAAGGCGGAAGAAACUUUGAUAGUGGCUGAUUAUCAUCAAAAUUCGAAGCUAGUAGUCUAUUCAUUGGAGCGUAAUAUAACAGUUUCAUCAUAUGAAUUUAAGGAAAAAGUUUAUAUUCAAAAAGUAGAUUUCAUUUAUGUAAAAAAUGAUGACACAUUUGCAUUUACAAAUGAUGAGAAUGAAAUUCACGAAGAGGAUGAAUCGAAGAGUGAAUCAGAAGAUGAAAAAGAAUUCAAUGAUACUUCGAAAAAAUAUUGGAAAUCAACAACAGAAAAA